GGGGGGGGGGGGGGACUGACGGCAGAUGCCUUUGCAGCAGAGGGCCAAGGAGGAUGUCGGCGUGUGUGUUUGUGUUGCGGGACAAAAUGCGGAUAGGACCAUGCUUCUGCUUGAAUUUUGCGACUCUUUACUCGUGGAUGUAGGCUAUCUGCUGCGUGGAAACACCGACAAGGACAAAAAUUCAACUAGUUGAAAAAAGAUGGAUGGGACGACUUGAAUAGUGCACUUCUGCAUGACUGAGUCACUUCAGGAGGAGAUGUAGGCUAGUUACUCGACUAGCAUCAGCCUAUUUGUGGGUGAAACAGUGUGGAUUUUUCUGUUUAAGUCAGUCAAACCAAACCCUGGUAAGAAUGGACGGUGGAGUUUUCCUGCCCUCUCUGGAUCAGUUCAUGCUGAGCCCACUUGUCACCUGGGUAAGUAAUGCAGAUAAGUCUGAUACCCUGCUGCCAAAAAAACGUGAUAUCAUCCUCUCAUCAUCAUCCCUGUCUUUGCAUAUCAGGUGAAGACAUUCAUGCCAAAUGAUGGGGGCAUGCACCUGGACUUUUCUGAAUUACUGGAUGGGAUCUUUUUGAUUGACAUCAUGGCAGAAAUGUAAGUCACUCUAUCCUUCUUUUAUUUUCCACAGUUUCAACCCACGUUGUCAGCUAUGUACAGAACAAUUAUCUGUGUUUUAAAACUGUUGACUUUAUUUACCUCCUGUUAAAAGAUGAUGAUAAGCUGUGAGGUUUACAAUACGAAUCAUCAUGGUGAAACUUAAGUUUUUCUUGUUUAUUAUACAUCUUUUUAGCAGUUACUGUUAAAAUAUCAAGCAUCUACACUAAUCCAGGCACUAACAGUACUGUCUUUGUUACUUUGCUGUAAUAAACAGGAUCUUUGUUGUCUGCAGCAGUCUUCAAAUGCAACUUUCCCAUUACUGACAUUUUUUUUUUUAAGUGUUAGAAUUAGCGUUACGGAAGGAAAUCACUGAAAAAGGGUCUGACAAGGUGGGCUUCAUUUACUCAGACAUGAACUGCCAAGAUGCUACUUAAGAGAUUAUGAUUGGGGUGCCUUAUGUUCUGAAGGUAAUACCCUAACAACCAAACUUAUGGUACCCUGCUAGUUUGAAAGGUGUCAAAGAUUUGGGAAGAUGGCAUUUGCCUUAUCCUCCCUGUCAUAUACUUCAGACAAAAACAGAAGAGCAGAAUGUGAAAUUGAUGACUUGCAGAGAAAAGGGUUAAAAACUGAUGACCCAGUGCACUUGUGGAUAAUGCUGUCUGAACACUCCAAGUCUACAGUAUCCAUUCACCCCACUUAUCCCCCCAGGGUCACAAUAACCAGCUCUAAAUGCAAAACAAUGCUGCGCCAAAGGGACGGGAGGGGAGGGGAAUAGGCGGGAUAAUCUCCUGGAUUGGGAGACCCUCUGAGAUUAGGGCCUUGUUGCUUGUGUUUAGUGGCAGUCAGACACGGAGGGUUGGGAGGAGGAGGCAGAGAAACAGGGCAAACAGCAAAGAUAGCGACGGACAGCCUAAAAAUGUCAUGAACCUGGUGUUAAGGCAGUCUCACUUUCCCUAUUUCAUCCAUUAAGGCUCUCUGUCUGUUUGUCUGUCUGUCUCUGUUGGUUAAAAACAUAUUACAUGUGCAGGAGGGUCAUUUACUAUCUUUCUCCACAAAGUUCCACGAAUGAUAACAUAUGCAAUAAUGUAAGGGUCAAAUGCCCCUGGAAGCCAAAGGAGUUCCUUUGAGUGGAAAGUCCUGUCAUCCCAUUUGGCUCGAAAACAGUCCUGUUUGGGGCCUGAAAGGAGUGAUGUCAGACUGGCUAAAGUUAGGAAUGAAUAGGGACCUCAUACAUGUUUUCAUGGCUAUCCUCGAGCCAAAACUUUGCCAGCUUGCAGCUUUCCAUCUCUCUAUGCUGGCAACCAUUGGUUUGAUUAUAGAUAUUUCAUGUAAAAAGACCUUUGUGUUUUAUCCCUUCUUUAGAAACCCCUUGACAUCUCAGGGUGCAAACAAAGUGAGCAGAGAUCCAGGUCAGAGGAUCCAGAAUCUUAACUUUCUUGUCCAGCAAAUCAAGAUGUUUUAUCUGGUGAGUCCUGGAUGUUUUUUUUCCAUCUUGUUUCAUAAAAUAUUAACAAUUCACUGCAUACAAAGCUUCAGAUAAACCCAACAUCAGUUUAUUGUUUCUGUUUCUAUUUCUACGACAAAAUUUGCCACUAUUUUGCAUUAUAACUCACACGCAGGCCCACACAUGCACAAACUACGUAGUUGGUAGCACUUGUGUCCCAGCAGAUCAACUAGCUCUUGUUAAGAUGCAUGCCCUAAAUAUCAGCCUUGUACACACAUGUGUAAUCAGCACAGCAUUGAGGUUAGAGCCCAGCAGAGAGCCAGAGUAAAGCUGCAGUCAGAGCAGACAGACUGAGCUUUAGAGUGACACAUAAAGUCACCAGAUUCACUUCUGUCUGUUUCAGAGUUAUUAAGUAAAAUCCAGCUGAGCUUUCAUCUGGUAAGAUCUGUUAUUGUAGCAAGAAGUGCAAUUCACUGAGGACAGGACAGAAAGGCAUAGCACUGUGAAAAAACAUCCAUGAUGAGUGUGUAGUUUGAUAUCGGCAUUUUUCUCAAACACAGCUGGUAAAUUUAGUGAAUCAUGAAUUACUUUGUAAUCAUUGUGACCUUAAUAAUCUCAGUGCAGCUCACCAUCAAUGACGUAACAGGAUAAAAAUGUAGUUCAUCCAUAUUUGCUGCCUCUGUGAAACAUCAUAUUUGAAGCUGGCUUUUUAGAAGUAUGCCCUGCUUUAUAAAUAACUCUCAACUGAGUACAAAUCAGUAGAAGUGAAUUUAGGACAACUAACUGCUGUCAUGGCCGUACUCUAUAAAUUCAGGUCUACUUCAGGUCAUUUUUAUUUCAGCUGAAGGAUCUAACUUUCACUCUGAUUGUAAAUCCUGACAGGAAAGUCUCCUACAUUUUCCGGUUGGUGGAUUAGUGUUUCAAAGCUGAAGUUAGUCAAGAAUAAACUGACUGAGCAUACAAUAUAGCCUGUAAGCAUCCUUAGUUCCUUAAACUAAAACACACAGAACAGCUGAGGUCAUUCUGGACUGAUUAUGGUGGGAAAAUUCACAGGAUCACCAAAGUUAUUGCGUUUUUUUUCUUGAGAGUGACUGUGAACCAGAUUUCAUGGGGAUUCAGCCUUGCAGUGGCACAACAGGAGGAGUUACUGUCGAUAAUCUUCACUGUCAGUAGGAGUCAUGUCUUAAUAAAACCCCUGCUUCGAAAUUCUCCAAGAAGACUUAAAGCUGUUCACAAGUGACAUUAAGGAUAAGUCAUGGUUUUAACUUUAAAAAAGGAAUGACAAAUGUGCACAAUGUAGUCAUAAUCUUGGUGUCAGGUUAAGUAAAUUCAGGGAAAUGUCUUUUUUCACUUACUUUAAGGUGAUACUGUACAAGGAUAGAAAUGUUCAAUUUCAUUCCCAUAUUUCUACUAAUACAUUUCCUGAACAGAGUUUUCUAAUACCCCUGAAGAUUAAGACUUGCUCUCAGCACCACACUCCAUAAUCACACAUAAGCUUGGAAAGUAGAGGAUGAUGGGAGAUUCACGGCCAUAAGAUGAACUUUUCUCUAAGGCUUGUGGCAGCAGUCACUGGAAAUCUAAUUGUUGGUGCAGGUUUUGUUUUAUUUCAUCAAGACUUAAUAGCCGCAGUCAACUGUAGCUUUUCAUGCAUGUGGGAAUAAGUAAUAGUUUCCUGGAGUUUAAUGGGUAAUUUAUCCUCAUUAGGAGUCAUUACAAGUCCCAUUUACCCUGCACACACACUGUAUGCACACAUGAACUCAAUCCACUUACAGCCAGAUAGGAGUUUUGGUGACUUUAACCACUGCUGCAGUAAAAGUGGGUCUGUCAUGAACCCUUUCAGAGAGAUCCUUCACUUUUUGGCUGAGCUUCUAUACAUUUGUGAUGCAGCUGCUAUGUGCUGUACAUACAUACGUCCCUGUCCAUUCAAGCUUUUUGGCUGGGCCAUUCUAAGUUGUUUCCUUCCUUUGUUUCAGUUUGGCCUAAAAUGUACUUGUGUUCCUUUUUCUAAACUCAUCCCCCUGGUCUUGCUCUUGCUUUUCUUUUGCAGGAGAAUCUGAGACAAUUAAUCAUGAUCCCUUUGCCAAAUGUGCUGCUGCUUGGCAGGACUCCUUACUCUGGUAUGCUCGUUCAGAGUUUUCCUCAUUUAUCGUCUCUAUUGGAGCUUUUAUCACAGGAUAUGCAAAAUACAAGCUGUUUGGUUUCUUGAAGUUUUUAUAGGAUAAAAGCAUCUGUAAUAUAGACAUGGUGUUAUUAAUACAUGUACUACAAAAAGGAAUGUGCUUUAAAACCCCUGCAAUGAAUAUCAAGUGACCCAAAAGUUAACCAAACAACUUAAAACUGUUGUGACCAUGAAAACCAAGCAGAAGUUUUCCUCAAAACUUAUUUUUACAAACUAAAAAAGUAUUUCCCGACAGACUCUUUCUGAAACCAUUUAUAUUCAGUCUCACUCUAUCAGUCUGAUAACCACAGGCUUUGGCAAGUGGUGACCUAAAUUGACCAGCCAGUACUUUAUUCAACUGAAAUCCAUGUCAGCAGCUCUCACUACCACAAUCUGACAAUUAUAUUUCAGAUAAUGAUUUUUUCUUUAUUCCCAACAGAACAAAGUCUGGAGGAAAUAAAGAAGCUUUUACUGCUCUUAUUGGGAUGUGCAGUGCAGGUAAUCGCUCACUGUCAGACAGUUUGUGCUGCAGAAAACCUUUUAGAAACCUGAAAGGGACUGCAGGAGCGUGUGAGAUCUAAAUCUGUCUCGUUUUAUCUUGAUCUGUUUCUAUUUCUAAUCACAGAGCGAAAAGAAAGAGGGGUACAUCGAGAGGAUCCAGACGCUUGACUUUGACACCAAAGCUGCUAUAGCUGCACACAUACAGGAGGUACCUGAUCUAUCACGCUGUGUCCAAAAAAUAUAAGGAAUACUGAGGAUAGGGUGGUUUCACUGCUACCUGGGGAUAAAUGACAUAUUGUACCUUAAAUGCACUUACAUAUCUUUAGAGAUUUAGUUUUGAAAACAUGACAGAAAGAUGAAGAGAGCAUCAGUAUUUUCCUCUAACUAAGAAGUGACUUUUCAAGGCUGUUUUGUAGCUGUGACCUUUGGAUUAUUCACACAGUAUUGAUCAUUACUUUUGUAUCAGCUGACUCACAGUCAGGAGAAUGUUCUGGAUCUGCACUGGUUGGACUCCUGUGAGGUGCACCCCGAUGAGCUGGAAGCCAGUGCAAGGAACAUGGCGAGGCACCUGCGGCAUCUGCUGGACCAGAGGGACACCCAUUUGGAGGUUAACUCACUUCUUUCUUUGUUAAUUAUUCUCAUUUCCAGUUUCAGAGACACUGAUGGCCCUUUUUACCCAUGAGUCUGACAAUAUGAAUCCAAACAUAAUUUUAAACAAAGUUAUAUUUUGGAAAUAAAGUGUAAAUAACAGCACAUUAGAAUUGACUGUAGUUGUUAAAAAACUCAAAAGGACAUGUUUAGUGUUUUCGUGAAUCAGCUUUUGAGUCAGGUGGUAUGUUAAAGCUAAUUUUUUUCUUUCUGCAGACUAUAGCAGAGCUAAUGCAGGAAAAAGAAGGUGUGGCGAGCUUGCUUAGUAGCCCCUCCAGCCCACAGUCAGCCAGCUUCUCUCCCAGCAUGCAGCUGCAGCAGCAGGCUGGGACUCAGCAACACCUAGCGGUGGAGCUAGCGGACUCCAAGGCCAAGAUCAGACGACUUCGACAAGAACUGUAAGUACAAACUGGACAAAAAGAGUGACAUCCUCACUGUAGAACAAGUGACAGACUUCUGGCAUUUUAAAGCAGCAGCUGAUAUUAUUUUGAAUAAUACAACAAAGCUGAGGGAUCCAACUUCCUCUCUUGACAUUGAUAUGUGUGCAAAUUCUCACUUUUGGCCCAGAAUGCAUUCCUUCUUAAAAAAGUUCAUACAGUAAGGCCCACUAAGGAGUUGCUGUUAAUAUUGUCUCUAGGUGAACAAGUGUCUCUAAAGGAUGGCUGUUGGUAAAGAAAGUAAGUGUUUCCUCUCGGGGACUGCCAACAGAAAGUGAAUGAGAGGCAGAGACAGGGAGAGAGGGACACUAGAGAUGCCCCGGGGAGUUUGGCCCACAUUACCGCCUGCUUGGCAGGUUCAAUGGCUGUGCACUACCACUGACCCACAUUGGCUCUGAAUAUCAGCGGCCACUGCAGGCUCACACACACACACACACACAUACCCACACACUAAUCCUGAUCCGAUCAAGAUCUCAGUUCCAUCUUUCCAUCUCAUCUCCUUGGCUGUAUUGUCCUCUCUCGCUGGAAUGCAUGAUUCACAUUCCACUGUCUCUGAGCAAACACAAUACACUGUAUAUCACUGAAAGCAUCAAGUGUGGAUCAUGCACGUCCUUGAUGUGCAUAUUUAUGUGUAACAUGUAAACGCUCUAAGAAAUUGCAGGGAUACGGCUGUUAGAUUGGCUCUACAAAUUUUUUCGAAUUUGUGCACGUUUUGAUCGAUAUUGUUCAUAUUGUCAAUCUUACCCCCUAUUAUCAACUUCAACUUCAUUAUUGCAUCUGCUGCUAUUAUCAAAAGAUGACUUUGAUUGCCAUAAAUAACAUUAAGAUCAGUCUAAUAUCUUUAACAUGCUGUCCCUGUAGAUAGAAAACAAACACACACAAUGUACUCCAUUAUAAUUGGCACUGUGACAUUAAGUCUGUAUGAACUGUUGUUGUUGCUGUUGUUCAUCUCUCCAGCGGCAGACGACUGUCUAACAUGACUCUGGUUCUGCUCUAAGUUUCUGCCUGUUAGAAGGAAGUGUAACCUUGCCGCUGUAACUUGCUUCAUGAUGCGAAAUGUUUAAGUCAUGGUGGAUUUAGAUUGGAAAGAAAGAAUAGGAAGAAAGAAUAGAUAAAGACUGACUAAAUGACUGAGUUAUUAACCAGAGUCAUCACAUGCUUAUUUUUUCUUAACAAAUGCACAAAAGAUGGACUACGUGUGUCUUGUAAAGAUUUACCAAUCACUCUAUUUGUCUUUCUCACUGCAGAGAGGAGAAGAGCGAGCAGAUGCUGGACUGCAGACAUGAGCUGGAGAACAUGGAGGCAGAGCUGAAGAGGAUCCAGCAGGAGGUUUGAAAAGGAGAAAUAAGAAUAGAUUGUGACACACAGUAACCUCCGCAGAUUAUACAGAUUAUUGCACGGCAUACUUCGGUGCAGAGCAGCGAUUAAUGACAACACAUUUAAACCUCUGAACUCUGACUCAGAUACAACUUAAGCGUCAAUGGAUUUGUCUGAACAGGAAAUCUACAUUUGUGAUCUCUAUGUAAGCUUUGUUGUCUCUAUAGGCUGUGCAAGUUUGCAUGAUUCAUGUAUUUCCAUCCAAGCAUACUCUGGAGAUAAGCAGAAAAAGCGCUAACAUGGCACCAUCUUUUUUGCCUGUUUGUGCAUCCAAGAGGCACAUUUCAGCAUCAUGUAAAAUAGUCAUUCUGUUCGAUUAAUCAUCUUUAAUUCAACAUAAAUACUGCACUAGCUAUGAUUUUGGCCCUUUUGCUAAAUACUUCAGAUACUAGCCACAAAAAAUGUCCUUCAUCCUUCAGUACUUGUAGAAUAGCAUGUGUCAAAUAGUAAUAAUCAAAGCUACAUGCUAAAAUCAGAUGUUCUUUAAACCUAUAAUAAUAAAUGAUUCAAGCUGUGAGACAAAAGAAUGAUCUGACACUAAAAAAAACACUAAAAAUAUAAGGGUAAACAAGUGAAAGGAAACCUGCAGUCUGGUGAUAGUUCUCUGUAAAUUAGUAUUUAGAUACUGAGUUAAUUAAUUGAUGAUAUGAAAACACAUAAAUGCAGUUUUAAACACAGUCAUAAAACAAAAAUAACUGAGAGCUUUAAUAUUUGGAGAUUUAUCAAGCUGUGUCUCUGUCUGAAUAUCCACCAGAACUCUCAGCUGCUUGUAGAAGCCAGAGCGGCCCGCACCUACCGUGAUGAGCUGGACGCCCUUCGAGAGAGAGCCAUAAAAGCCGACAAACUGGAGAGUGAAGUGGGACGCUACAGAGAACAACUGCACAAAAUUGAAUUCUAUAAGGCCAAAGUGGAGGUUAAUGCAGUUUUACUUAUGCUUCAGAGCGAUUUGCCUCACUUAAAUUUGCAAAAUCUCUGCACACUCUGUUGACAGAUAGAAAUAAAGACAAAUGCAUGAAUUGCCUGGAAGAUGAAAUGUACAAAUCUUUCAAUUCUUUACAUUGUUGUUCAUGUUAGGAGUUAAAGGAGGAUAACAGAGUUCUCCAGGAGACCAAAGAGGUGUUGGAGGACCAGUUGGAAGGCUGGAGGGCACGCUCAGACAAAAUCCACCAGCUGGAGAAGCACAGUCUGCUGCUCAAGGCACGCGUCCAUGAUGUGGAACAGGUCAGACAUUUAAACACAAGGAGGAGACUUGGUGAAGAAUUUGUGCUGCUUUAUUAUAAACCUCCUCUAAAACAGGCAAAAGAGAGCAGUUACAUAAAAAUACUCAACAUGCCAUGCUUUUCAUGCCCCACAAUUACUCUUUUUGAUUGAUUAUCUGAAUCUGUUCUUAUACUUUUUUCUGAUACUUUGUGUCCACUCUCCAGGAGAGGGAGGCGGAUCGGAGGUGCAUUGACAAGCUGCAAGAGGAGAACCUAGCUCUGUGUUUGGCUCAAAGGAGGAGCAUGGAGGAGUCCCAGCACCUGGGUUGGGAGUUAGAGCAGCUGUCCAAGACUGCUGAGAACUCUCAGGGUACAAACUGGUCACAAAUUUAGAUUAAGUUAAGGGAUAUUCAACAGAAGUGAUAGACUGUGAUGGUAGAGUCCGUGAGCUAACACACAGUAUGAUUAUGUUAGUGUUUUUCCUGCACAAAAACAUGCAGGAGCUCUGUUUUCUGUUUGCACACCUGGACUAGAAGUUGAUAUUUGCACAGAUCUGCAAAACUUCCACUUAUCGCUAAAGGUUUUAAUUAAUGCAUUUAUUUAAGUUGGGUCUGUUCUCAAAGUUAAUGUCACCAUUAUAAUCCUUCAGACUUAGAAUUAGGUAUCUUAACAGGGUGGACUCAACAAACAUCAGCAUCAGGAACUUGAAAUCAGUGUUGGGGAAGUUUCUAGUUUCUUCUUUCAAAAGUAACUCAGUUACUUUAAGUUACUCGUUACUUUCAAAGUAACUUUUUUUUUUUUUUACCCUAAAUUCACUUAUUAAUGUGUCGCCUACCUUACUGGAUAGUCAAGGAGGUUGCCAGUCCUCUGCCUUGCUAAACCAAGCUUCCGUUGUUUGGCUGGAGUGGCUCCUCCUUUGGCGUCAGCGGAGCUAACGUUAGCAGCAUCACCUGUGUUACCUUCAGGGUCUUCUUCAGCUAGUUUGGUAGAUGUGUGUUGUUUCUGAAGAUGUUUGAUCAGAUUUGAGUUUCUUAUCUUUGCUGUGGAUAGAGUUUUCGAAACUCCACAUAGAUCACAGGUCACCACAAUAUUCCUCUUCUUGUCUUUUACCGUCAGAAAAGAAAAAUAAUGUGCAUAUUUCCACGGGAGAAAUCCCACGACUGGACAGUCGUCGACUGCCGCCAUUUUUGUUUUUAUCCAUUCACUUGCACGUCGCAGCGUCACGUGUGCUUCACGUCCACCACGGAAAUUGUAUUCCUGAGUUUUAAACGUGAAGUAACGAGUAACGAGCCUGUUUAAAUCGCAGUAAUGAUAAAUGCGUUACUGAUUUUGACUAAAUAAUUAGUUACAGAACUUGUUAGCGCAAAAGUAACGUAGUGACUGUAACGCGUUACUUAAUGAUGCAUUAGUCCCAACACCACUUGAAAUACACUGCAUGUAUUACCUUUAAAAGCGGUCUUCUUUUUGCAUUGUCUGUUUACUCAUAGGUCAGCAGACUCUGAGUGAGGAGGUGAGUGAGAGAACCCGCAGUCGGAUGCUGAAGCUGGAAAAGGAGAAUCAAAGUCUCUUAAGAACCAUAGAGGAUCUCAGAGCCGCCUCUAUGAAAAUCUGCCCACAGCACAAAGACCGACAGCACCUUGAGGGUAGCCAUGUCUCUGAGGAGACCUGUAUAACCAACAAAUGCAACUCAUCAACAGGUGCAAACAUGGGGUCCAACUCAAUAGAAAACUGCACCAAUGUAGUCUUGCAGAAUAGAGAUUCAAACCACCAUCAGCCACUUGGUGCAGAAGAAGCAGAUGGAGACCGGAGCGAGGUCCUCCUCACAGAUGAUCCACACCUUCAUAUUCAGGAGAAAGGACUGCUAGAGGAUGGAGCUAGUGGAUUCAAAGAGCCUAUGUCUGAGCUGGAAGUGUUAGAGAACAAUCACAAUCGACUUCAUUGUUUUGUUGGAUCUCGGGAUCGUUCCCCUGGCUCCAAGAGUAGUAGCCCCUGCCAUGACAGCAUCCUCACAGGUCUGCCAACACGCUCCUCAUACGCCAACAAGCACACACAGCGGCUGGAGGCCAAGUGCAGAGCUUUGGACACAUUUAAUCAGCAUCUGCAAGCUUCUCUUGAUAACACUGGUAAAUUGUGAGAAUUGAGAAAUCCAGUAACAUUAUUAUCUAUUAUUCAUUCAGUUUGAUUCUCACUCCUGUUAUCACCUCUUUAGAACGGAAGGUGCAGCGCCUGGAGGCAGAGGUUCAGGAGCUGGAGGCAGAGAACCAGAGUCUGCAAGCCUCUUUGGAGGAACUGAGGAUCUCUGUGCGACGCCUGGAACAACUGGAAACAGAGAAGCAAAGCCUGGAGCAAGAAACCACGGUCCUGGAGAGGGAAAAGAGGCAGCUGGAGAAAGAAAAUCGCAGACUUCGUCAGCAGGUAGAUAAACUUUUAUUUUCCUGGGGGGGAAAUGUGUCUGUUCACAAACUACAGGAUGACUAAUGCAAGAUUUGUGUUUCCCUUUGAUUAAAUGGCCACUAAUGCACUUUCCUUUAUCUCAGGCUGAAAUCCAGGAAGCCAACUUAGACAGCAGCAACGUCUGUAUGGCCAGUCUAGAGAGGAAGAUGCGCAUCCUUGUAAAGGACAUGGAAGGGUUAAAGGAGACUGCUGAGAGGGUCAAAACCCUGGAAGGAGACAACCGAGAACUGAACAAGCAAGCAGCUAUUGACCAGAGGACCCUGACCACCCUCAGAGAGGUGAGGGGAGGGAGGUCGGCUGUUCUGUCGACAUUACACUGACUAAAUGAAUUACCUGCCCUGGCGUUUUCUGGUAGAGCACAGUUUUUUUACAGCAGGGGUGUAGAUGUGGGUUUAGAAAGAGUUUGUGGUAAAUACCAGUUUAUCUCUUAUAAAAGAUGCCCGCGCCAUGCAUUGAACCGCUGAUACUCAGAUAUAGUUAGAGAACCUUGAUGACUAAAAACUUUAACAAAUUAUCUGUGUUCACUUUCUUUCCUCAGGAGCUGGUGAGUGAGAAGCUCAAGUCGCAGCAGAAAGAUAAUGAGCUGGAGACGCUGGCCCAUGAGUUGAAAAUGAAAGCACUAAACCAAGAAAAUACACAACAGGCUGAACCAGAAGCAGCAGACAACAGGUGUUUAUAUUCCAGCAGUUUUCAUUGUGAAACUUUUCAUUUUGAUAUAGCAGGAAAUUUUGAUAGAAAUUUCUUUUAUCCUCCAUGUAGCAGGUUCAAGAUGCUGGAAUCAGAGCUGGAGUCGUCUCUGAAAAGAUCUCUCCAGAUCAAAGAGGAUAAGAUGGCAGCUCUGGAGGCCCGUCUGCAGGAAUCCUCCAGCCUAAACCAACAUCUCCGGCAAGAGCUCAAGACUGUAAGUUAUGAAAGUUCACAUAAUCAGGUCUGCUGAUAUCACAUUUGAGAGGAAUCUUUUUGUGUAUUUGAUUCGAUGUAGAUAGAUGUGUCUGACUCAUUUUACCCACCAGGUGAAGCUGAGCCAUGAGGCCUUGAAGCAGAGGCAGGAGGAAGAGUGGGCAGCAUCGAGCUCCAGCCCACCCAGAGAGACGGGCAGGGUGAUGAGUGAAUGGCUGCGUGAAAGCCAGGAAGCCACCAAAGAAUUGCUGAAGCUCAAAGACCGUCUCAUUGAAGUAGAGAGGAAUGUAGGUGGUUAACGCUGACUAAAGUAGAUCAUUUGCGGAGAAAUAUGUUUGAAAAUUAACUGUGACUUUCUGGACGGAGUAACACCUUUUCUUUAUUUUCUUUCCGUCCUCUGCAGAAUGCCACUCUGGAGGCAGAGCACCAGGCUAUGCAUACUCAGCUUAAGCAGCUGGAGAAUCAGUCACACGGCCAACAGGCUCAGGUCCUCGCUCUGCAGAGGCAGGCUGCAUCACUGCAGGAGAACAACACAGCCCUGCAGACACACAAUGCUAACCUGCAGGUGCCACUACAGUGAAACACUUAAUUAUAUACUUAAGUACACAAUUAAAAACAAUCCUGCUAUAUAAACUCCUCACAAACAAUCUUUUUAUUUCCUCUUUGCAGGUAGAGAAAUCCACCCUGAACUCACAGAGUGCGUCACUCAUGGCCCAGAAUGCUCAGUUGCAGCAGCAGCAGUCUGGGACAGAAAGCGAGCGAGAUAGCGCAAUACGGGAGCGCGAGGAGCUGCGUGGUGUUCAUGAGCAACUUCUUCGAGACCACGAACGACUGGCUGCUCUGCAUGAGCGACAGGCCAUGGAGUAUGAGGCCUUGAUGGGUAAACAUGGCUGUUUGAAAAACGCACAUCGCACCCUUGAGCUGGAGCAUCGCACUCUGCAGGACAGGUAAGGGAAGGAGACACAACCACUGGACUGAUUGUUGUUCCGUGUGGAGCAAAGUCCCUGCAUGUUUUUAUGAGUUUUUAAAGUGUGUAUUUGAUGGAUAUCUCUAGGUAUAAUAGCCUGCUGCAGAAGAGGACAAAACUAGAGGACCUGGAGAAAGCCCUGAAGGAGGAGCAGAUGAGGAUGGCUUUGGAGAAAGAACAGCAUAGAACCACUGCUGCUGAAUGCUGCAGGCUCCGGGAUGAGAAGGACUGGUGAGGAAGCACAAGCAUGCACCCGCUGAAUAUAAAGAAAAGAGUGCUCACCUAAAUUAUUAUCUGUACAUUAGCUUUGACAAGAGAGGCAUCACUGCACACUUUCUCUAUAGGCUGAACCAGACGUACCAUCAGCUUCUGAAGGACAAUGAGGUCCUGACAACGGAUCACAAGCAGCUGAAGAGCCAGCUGAAUGAGGCCAAGCUGGAACACACCUGGCUGGAGGCUGACUUCUCCAAACUCAAGAAGGACUUUCAGCAGCUGGACAUCACCUCCACAAAACUCACCAACCAGUGUGAGGUACAAAUACACACACAGCAGCUCGUGUUGGUUUGGGUUUGACGAUACCUUCGAUACACCCUUGAAAACAUGACAUAAGUGUCAGGGCAACAUCUGGACAUCAAUUACUUGAUAGUUUUGUUAUUGUUCUUGUAUUCAUACUUACAUGCAUGUGCAUAUUCCUGCUCGUCUCUUUAUUGUUUAGUUGCUGGGGCAGCUAAAAGGCAACCUAGAGGAGGAGAAUCGCCAUCUGCUGAGUCAGAUCGAGACUCUGAUGCUACAGAACAGAACUUUGCUGGAGCAAACCAUGGAGAGCAAAGAUCUGUUUCACGUUGAAGAGCGACAGUAUAUGUGAGCAUUUAGGGCCGGCGCCAUGACAACCUAAAGCAACAUUAAACAGGAUUUGAUGUGUGGAUUUGCCAUAUGCUACACUAAUCUAUGAAUGACUUGAUGUAUUACAAAAACAGCACUCAACACUUGUCUUUUAAUGCCCCAGUAUGUAUUUUCAAGCAUACCUUUGUAUUUGAUGGAACUACUUUUCAUUUGUGCCUGUGUCUGUUUAGUGACAAGCUCAAUGAUUUAAGGAGGCAGAAAGAGAAGCUGGAAGAAAAGAUAAUGGACCAGUACAAGUUUUAUGAGCCUUCACCCCCUCGCAGGUAGGUUAUCUGUAAUGGUGUGUGAAUGAAUCCUUUUUCUCCCUCCAGCACUGUCUACACUGUAGUCCCUGAAUGUUAUUCGGGUUUUUAACUAUAAGGAUUUUCUGAUUUUGCCUAAUUUUCAGCUUAUAACCAUAAUUUCUGUGUCUUCUUGUGUACCUGUCCGUGAACAGGCGUGGAAAUUGGAUCACUCACAAACUGAAGAAGCUGAUCAAAUCCAGUAGUCGUGAUCAUGGGCUUGAUUCCCAACUGAUAGCCACACAUUCAGGUGUUCAUGAGUCUCAACUCCCAGUUCAUGACAACAGCUCCUUCAUCAGCUCAGAUGGCUCUGGAGGCUCCGCCUCCGCGGGUGACGCCAUCUCUCCACACCGUCACAGCAGUGAGUAUGACCUUUUGGAAUUCUCCAGAUCGCCUCCUAUUGACCGGGCUGAACCAAUAACACCCAAGUACAGAGAGCCCUCCCUCACUGCCUCAGCGAUAGACCAGGGAGUAAAAACAUUGCCAGAGACAGGGUCCAAAGGUCCCUCAAGAGUGUGUCCGAUAAAGGCCAACCCCUUGACCACAGUACAGAAAGAUUUGGGCGAUCAGAUAACCACGGCAGUGUUAUCUACACGGGAAGCUGCAUCUGAAAGCCAGAAAGCCUCUGAAAUUAUAAUAAAAAUUCCCCUUCCACCUGGAUGUGUUUUAAGGAGGCACAGAAAUGUGAAUAAAGAGACUUUUAAGUGAAUCUUCAGGAAUGUAAAUAAAGAGACUUUUAAGUGAAUCUUCUCAAACACUUUCUGUUGGUCAUGCCCACUUGACACAACCUUAACUCGGACAUUUGCGAAUUUUAAGCCCCAAUUUAUUUCUUUACAUGAAGUUUGGAGAAAUUUAGUUAGUAACUUACUCUUUUAUAAAUUAAUAAGAAAGUGUAUCUUUUCGUGCAGAGGAUUAAGUCAGUCCAUAAAGACAGUAUAUGUGCGUGUGUGUCAUGUCUAAAGGGUCGUCCUCCCUGAUGCAUGUUUGUGGGCUUUCCUUAACAAUCCUCGGUAUGUCCUCCCUGAGUCUGUGUCGUCUUUUAAUGUAUUUCUUCACUCUUCUCAUCCUCCCUCCCCUGUCUUUUCCUUUCCUACCCGAACCCCUCUCUGCUUGCAUUUGUCCCUUUGUCUCCCUCCCAUGUGUCUGCACUUGCUGUUAUACAGCCACUCUGAAAAUGUUUCCCCGCAUGAGGAACAGGAUGAAGGACAGAGACAAAGUCAAGUCCCUCUUCCGUCGUUCCAUGUGUAAGAAAGACUGUGGUCUUGUGUUUACCCUCAUUCACUGUAGUCUGUUAUUUUCAUACUAGUAACUGUGGAUUGAUUCAGGUUUAUUUUGGUAGUUGUAAUGCUUCCCAGCAGGUGUAAAACUCAGCUGGUGUAAGUUUGUAUGAGCAUGUCUCCUCAUGUCUCUUUUUCCACUGGUAAUAUGAAAUAAUUUCAUAUUUACUGUUUAAGCAUAUGCAGUCAUUAUUUUCCAGUAGUGUGACCAGAAUUGAUGACAAUCUGGGGUAUUUUAGGAGCUGAGGUCAAAGAAAUGCUGCAUUGCAGAUGACACUGGUGCUCUGUCCUACAAAGAGCUGGCUGUGCAAUAAGGAAACAUAGAUUGUAAAAAUAAAAACCACACUUCUACAAUACUGUGUGCAAACCAUCCCUUUGUCCAUGUUCUUCAUAUCAUACAUCAAAACUCACCCUUAUCUCCAUGAAUCUUUCACCGACAUGUUCACCCUUCCCUCAUCCACCUCUUCCGUUCCUCGGUCUAACUCUCCAGCCCUGAGCAGCUUGGCCCACCCUGCUGCCCAGUUAGAAGCGAAGCAGAGGACAGAGAGUUCUGAGACACUGGACGGCACUGAGGAGGAUGGAAAGAACACACUGACCUCAUCUCUUACCACAUCCAUCUUGUCCAUCCUUCACCUACAUCAUCACACCACCUUACCAUUUGGCCCUGACAUUUCUACAACCACUGACGCAGCCAACACUGCUGUAGACGUUCCUGAGCUGUGGGUGACAGGUAGAAGCAUCCACGAGUCACUUUUUGUUCAUCUUUGGUAGUUUAACGGUAGAAAAAAGUACAGUUCAAAGACAGCAGCCUCAUAGGCUUCUCAUUCAGAAGUUUAAGAUUUGUCAGUGAUAUAAAAUCUUUAUUUAUUGCUCAUGUUUAUGUCCCACAGACAAGGAUUCGAAUGACAGUGCUGUGCCAUCUGGAUUUGAGGACAACGACGAGCUACAGAAUAACGGUAAAACCAAGUGGAUACUCGUUUAGAGGAUUCAGUGAGCAUACAGAUGUAUUACCCGCUCAGGAAUUAGAGUAAAUCCAUCAAAUUGCAAUCAUGACCUCGUUUCAUAUUAAUCUCUGUGCUGACAACAGAUGCAAACAAAUGUUGCACAGAGGCUUGACUCUGCUGCCCCCUAUUGGUCAUAUAGAAAACUAUGUGGUCAUGAUACACUUGGAUGCGUGGAUGAUGCUCUUUAUGAAAAAAUUUUGUCCUUCCAGGGGUGAAUGGCAUUCAGAGUCGAGCCCAAAGCGAGAGCAGCGGCGAGUUCAGCAUGAGUCUAGAAAAUGAACCGUGGUCAAACGGCAGCAGCCCCAUCCAGCAGCCCCCAUCAAGACGCUCCUCCUCCUCCUCCCAGCAGCCAGCUGAUACCUCAACCCCUCAACACACACAGAAGCAGCAGUAUAAGGAAAAGGCUGCCACCAUGCCAAUCACCUACAGCCAAAAAUCGGAGAUGCAGUUAGUACAGAAGCAGAGGGAACCUGGGCUCUCGCAGGACUUCUGGCUCACACGUGGUACAAAGAGCAUCCGGAGAGGUUCGAGAGCAAAAGUUACAUGUCGCUCAUCAGAUACAGGGAGUACAGACAAAACAAACCCAGAGCUGAACAGGAUGAAUCCAAAGUUGGGCUCAGGGGAAGUUGAAGCCACUCGAGCCUCAGCCUGUUCUCCCAUUACAGUGUUAUACGUUCAGGGCAAGUCUUCAUCAAUGUCUGGUUGCCUCAACUGCUUCUCCACUCCACUGGGGAAAGAGGGGCGACUAAAAGGGCCAAGGUCCCCCAAAACUCUCCCCCGGGCCAGCAGCGUCAUUUCCACUGCAGAGGGAUCAUCCCGACGUCCGAGUGUAAACAGUGACUGCACAGUGACCGUCAAGAAUGAGCAAGUUUCAGUUCAGGCUCCACAAGACUCUGAGAAUCAAGAAAAAACUGUGUGUAAGGAACAACCAGAAACAGACACCAAAAAAGACGAGCCUGAACCCAUCCCUCCUGUCAAACCUCCCAGAGACCCAACUGUCAUGGUUUCUCUUGACCCCAAAUCCCCUGUGCAGGAGUCACUUUUUGGCUCCUCAUUCACUUUUAACUCUGUCUUCUCAAAUACCAUCUUUAGUGAUUCUGUGGUCACCACCACCACCAGCCUUGAUGCCCGGGGAAACAACCAGACCUUUCUCUGUCUGAAUCCACAUGUUAUGCAAAACUGUCCACUUGAAAACCAGGAGUCUCUUCCUCACACACCACAAACGGAAACACUCAACAUGGAAAAAGAGCAGAGCCAAACUGUCGAACAUACAGUGGGGUUGCAGGAGAAGGACAAGCUGCUUACAGUUGCGUAAAAGCAGCAACUGUGUCCCAAUCAUUCCCUUGAAACUGCAGGUGGCUGCAGGACAUUAUUUUUCACAUCCUUUGAGGCACACAAUAUGAGUCAGUGUAGUCAAUGUUGUAUGUCACAUUCUAUUUUACUGACCUCCUGUUUAUUAACCUAAAGAGAUGUAAAUAAAAUACACCUGAUACCUUUGGUUUUUAUUCACUCCUCUUUGCUUCUGUAACAUUCUGGGCUUUUGCAACUCAGUUAUGUUACAUCUGUAAAAGCCUAGAUCUCAAAGCUCUCUGUGUGGUUUUAUUCCAUUUGCCUUUUGCACAAAUUAUGUUUAUUAGAAAUAACUGAACAAUUAGAGUAAAUGUGUUUUUAAAACUGUAUCAGUGUUUUCACUUGUCUGCUUUUCUUUCACCUAACAUACUUACAACCUGUAAUGUCUGUUUGUGUUUACCAAAAUGUUUGAAGCUCUCCUGUUUCUAUUUAUGAGUUGUUUCUUGGCAGAACUUUUAAUUUAUUUUAUGUUGACUGCUGUAUUUGUCAGAUUUAAUUGCUGCCUGUGGACAUGUUUUGUUUACACGUGAUAAACUGGGUAA